UCCCUCACUCCUCCCCUUACGCCGCCGCCACCACCACCGGAGGAGGCCUCGGGCAUGCCAAGAUGGAGGCUUGAGAAGUUCACUGGCGGUGCGAGGGGAGUUGCGAGUGUGGAGGUGGCCGGGGUGGUGGGUGCUGGAAGCCUGCUCAGAGAGAGAGAGAGAGCGAGAGGGAGACAUUACACUUGUUUGUUCGCUUCCUUCCCCCCUCUCUCCCGGCUCCUUCCGUGGGCGAUGAUCCUUCGCCAUGACGACAGACGGAGCGAGCAAGCGGCAGUUCUGGAGGCGCGGAGGCAGUAGGUUACCUGGCAGCAUACAGCAAGUGUAUGGGGCACAGCAUCCUCCCUUCAAUCCGCAGCUGCUCAACAGCGCUGGCAAGGGGGCCGUGGGGGUGCCGGCCGUGGGGCUAGCAGGGGGCCCAGUGUCCGGCGCGGUCGGGGGCAGUGCCCCCCUCUUCUCGGCCGUCUCCAUGUCCGUGGGGGUCACGGUAGGAGGGAUCGGAGGGGGCGGCAGCUCGAGGAAAGCAGCCUCCUUCCAGGAGUUUGCGGCGGACACGAGCGACGCAUGGGACGCGGAGCCCAGCGACGACGAGCUGCUGAACAUGGCGACGCGCGGCCUCGCCUCCGACGUGGUGAUGUCGACGGCGCGCGAGGUCAUCCAGAAGCACGAGCGCCGGCGCCGCUCCGCCGGGCCCACGCCCCGCGGUGGUGGUGGUGGUGGUGGCGGCGGUGCCGAGGAGGAGGAAGGGGGAGGAGGAGGGGAAGCCGGGGAGGGAGGAGGGGAGGGCGCCACGGGACCCGAGGGUCGGAUGGUGAAGUCGCAGAGCGAGUUUGUCAUCUCGGGGAGGGUGGCCGGCGGUUUGGAGCGAGGGUCGUUGCCACGGCAGCAGUCGGUGACCCUGCCGCCGCCGUCGCGCCCGGUCAUCCCCCUGGUGGCGCGGAUCGCCGACCAGAACACGACGGGCUCCAUGUCCCUGCACGACCGCGACGCCGCCAAGCUCGACAAGUUCCACCAGCUGCUGGCGGCGUCCAACACCGACCUCGAGGAGCUGCGGAAGCUGAGCUGGUCGGGGAUUCCCAAGCCCGUGCGGCCGGUCACAUGGCGACUCCUGUCUGGUUACCUGCCGGCCACGUCGGAGCGCCGGGAGCCGACGCUGCAGCGCAAGCGACUCGAGUACUUCAGCUUCAUCGAGCAGUACUACGACUCGCGCAACGAGGAGCACCACCAGGACACCUUCCGCCAGAUUCACAUUGACAUUCCCAGAACUAACCCUCUCAUCCCACUCUUCCAGCAGCCGGCCGUGCAGGAGAUCUUUGAGCGAAUCCUCUUCAUCUGGGCGAUCCGCCACCCGGCCAGCGGCUACGUGCAGGGCAUCAACGACCUCGUCACGCCCUUCUUCGUCGUCUUCCUCGCUGAGCACGUCGAGGAGGAGGUGGAGAACUUCGACGUGGCGAGUCUGCCCGAGGAGACGCUGCGCAACAUCGAGGCCGACAGCUUCUGGUGCAUGAGCAAACUGCUGGACGGCAUCCAGGACAACUACACGUUCGCUCAGCCGGGCAUCCAGCAGAAGGUCAACGCGUUGAGAGAGCUCGUGCGCAGGAUAGAUGAGACGAUCCACCGGCACGUGGCGCAGCACGAGGUGGAGUACCUGCAGUUCGCGUUCCGCUGGAUGAACAACCUCCUGAUGCGUGAGCUGCCACUGCGAUGCACCAUCCGCCUGUGGGACACCUACCAGUCGGAGCCGGAAGGGUUCUCCCAGUUCCACCUCUACGUGUGUGCAGCCUUCCUCAUCCACUGGCGCAAGGAGAUCCUGGCGGAGAGAGACUUCCAGGGCCUCAUGAUCCUGCUGCAGAACCUCCCCACGAUGCACUGGGGUAACGAGGAGGUGAGCGUCCUGCUGGCCGAAGCCUACCGCCUCAAGUACAUGUUCGCCGACGCCCCCAACCACUACCGGCGCUAGCGGGGGGGCCGCGGGGUGGUGGAGGGGUCUGGCGGCGUUUGGGGGGUGGGGGUGCGGGGGUGGUGGGGGGGGGGGGCGGCACGCAGAAUCAACGGGCGCCCACGAAACCACGACGGCGGUGGUGACGACGACGCUGACGAUGCUGACGACGAUGAUGAUGCUGACGAUGACGGUGACGCUGAUGACGCUGACGACGAUGACGGUGACGCUGAUGACGCUGA